AUGGGAUAUAAGAUAUAUUCUAACUCUGACUUAGUUCAAACAGUAACAUGGGCAAACUAUGAAUGGUUCGCUUUGAGAAACUCAGUACAACCACAAGCUAGAGAACAAACAGACCAGUAUGCAACUAUUGAGAAAAUAAGAAGACUUGACCCUAACGUUCCAGGAGUUUAUGUUAACCUUUCUGGACAAACUGCAGCAGCAGUAACCAAAGUAAAACUGAAACUUAGAGUUCCUUUGUCAUCUUUCCUCAUCUUCAGGUUUUUAAGAUACUUGCCAAACUGGGCAGGAAAAAUUUCUAUUGAACUUACUCCAAGCAAAAAUAACUUAGUCAUUGCACCAACACAAGACCCAUUCAGCAUCGCUGUAGCUGGAACUGGUGGAGCCAAGUUCUGUGACUUUUGCAAAGACAAAGUUGACUUAGACUUUGGUUUCUCAAACCUCAACACUGAAGUAAACUAUUAUUUCAAUGCUGCUGGAACUGCUUGGGACCCAGUUAAGUUCACAUGCGAAAAGUUUGAAUGCAAGAGAAUAGAAAGCAGACUUGCAGUCUAUAUGUUGGACCCAGAUAUUUCAAAUGCUUUAGCUGCCAAAUAUAUUGCAGUUCCACUUAUGUUCCCUAUACACCAAAUAUCUGUCAAAGACUUUGCAGGUGAAGUUGGAAACCAAAGUGCUGACCCAGGUGCAAGAACAGAUAUUGCCUUAACAACUGCAAUGAAACAUGCAGAUACUAUGUUUGUACUGUUCAGACGAACUAUAAAUGACUAUUCUUGUUUCUACAACCCCGGUAUUAAAUAUCAUAUAAACAUAGAUGGCAAAUACUAUCCAAGAGAAGAAUAUUCUACAGUUGAGGAUAUGAGGUCAUACAACUUGACAUUAGAUGCUAUGAACUUUAACAACAACUUCACAACAACCAUUAACCCUGAAAUGCAAAGUUCUAUUAUGCCAUAU